AUGCACGAUGCCAACCUCACCAUGCACUGGCAUGGCCUCGCCCAAGCCGCCGCGCCCUUCUCGGACGGCACUCCCAUGGCCAGCCAGUGGCCCAUUCCGCCGCAGCAUUACUUCGACUACGAGCUGAAAACGCCUGCAGGCACUGCCGGCACCUACUUUUACCACUCGCACAUCGAUUUCCAGACGAGCACGGCAAACGGGCCCCUGAUUGUCGAUGAUUCGAGCAGCCAAGGCGUGCCGUAUCCCGUCGACGGCGGCGACCGCAUCAUCCACAUAACAGAGCUCUUCUACGAAACAGACAAUGAAGUUUCCGCGGGCCUCAAGGAAUCGCCGUUCAAAUGGUCUGGAGAGGCGGGCGGCAUCCUCGUCAACGGCGGCACGAUCUCCAGCUACCACGUUCUUGAUCCCGCGUCCGCUAAGCUGACCGUCAUCGACGUCGAGCCCGGCAAAUCGUACCGGUUUAGAUUCAUUGGCGCCAUGUCGCUGUCGUAUGUUGCGCUUGCUUUCGAGGACCAUCCCGAUCUCAAGGUGAUCGAGGUAGACGGGGGCUAUACCAAGCCCUAUUCCACGCCUCUGCUGCAGAUCGGCACCGGCCAGCGGUUCAGCACGCUGUUCAGAGCAAAGACGUGCGCUGAGCUCCAACGCCUUGGCAAGCUGGACUUUUACCUGCAGCUAGAGCCUCGCGAUCGGCCCAACUACAUCGUCAGUUACGCCGUCUUGCGCUAUCGCAACACCUGCGGCAUUGGCGGCAAUGCUCAUGUCUCGACAACUUCCGUUCCCUGGAGGAGACCCAUCAAUCUGCCUCCCACGAUUGAAGGCUUUCUGGAUUACAAACUGGAGCCCCUGUACCCCAACGACUUUCCAUCCGCCGCCGAGGUCACCCGCCGAGUACACAUCUAUACCCAGCAGCAGGUGGAUAAGUACGUCCUGUGGACUAACAACGAUGUCUCGUGGGUAGACGACGACCCCCUCCCUCCGCAGGUCACUCCAGGAGAGCCGUACCUCGUGUCGCUGUACAAGAACACGUCUCAAUACCUACCCAACUAUGAGGCGGCCAUUGCCAAUUACGGCCUUGAUCCACGGACCAAGACAUACCCCGCCAAGCUCGGAGAAGUCAUCGAGAUUGUCUUCCAGCAAUUGGGUCAGCGCAACACCAAGCCCGAGUGGCGUGGAGGCCUCGACACUCAUCCCUGGCAUGCCCACGGCAACCAUAUAUACGACAUUGGAGGAGGGCCGGGCGUAUACAGUCCUGAGAUCGCCGAGCAGCGGCUCAGGGGCACGAAUCCUAUACGGAGAGACACGUCGAUGCUGUUUCGAUACACGCGGAGAGUGGAGCAAAACCAGCCGUGGGGCUGGCGAGCCUGGCGGGUGAGAGUGCAGGAUCCCGGCGUGUGGAUGAUCCAUUGCCAUAUGCUACAACACAUGAUCAUGGGGAUGCAGACGGUCUGGGUGUUUGGCGAUGCGCACGAUCUACUGAGGGCCAAUUAUCCAGACGUGACGGGGUAUUUGGUGUACGGAGGGAACGUGAACGGUAACGCCACGCACCCCGCGGAGGUGGUGCAUUUUUUUGAGGCAGAGGAGGCGGCUUGA